AUGCCUGAGGGAAUAACAGCAGAGGCUCUUAUGAACAAUAUCAUGGACUCAAUUUCUGAUAGUGUAUCAAAGAACAAACAUGUCUCAUUUUUCGAGGAGGAGAAGUCGAAUUCCGUAACUUCUCAGUUCAACAGAUUGUUCGGGCGCGAAAAACCUGUCCAUCAUCUCUUGGGCGGUGGCAAAUCUGCUGAUGUUCUAUUGUGGAGGAACAAGAAGAUCUCAGCAAGUGUUCUAACUGCCGCAACAGUCAUUUGGGUGCUUUUUGAAUGGCUCAAUUACCAUUUUCUAACACUCGUGAGCUUUGUGCUGGUUUUGGGUAUGCUUGUUCAGUUUGUUUGGAAAAAUGCUUCUGGCAUAAUAAACAGGUCUCCAUCCAAAGUUCCCCGUCUUGUUUUGCCGGAGGAGUUUUUUGUCAACAUUGGAAAAGGGAUAGGAUAUGAGGUGAAUCGUGGUUUAAGCUUCUUGCAGGAUGUUGCGUGUGAAGGAAAUAUGAAGCAUUUUUUAGUGGCUGUUGCUAGUUUGUGGGCUGCAGCUAUUAUUGGGAGCUGGUGCAACUUUUUGACUGUGAUUUAUAUUGUUUAA